UUGAAUUUUUCAACGAGAACAACCCAAACAGUCAAAGGGGGAUAAAGGAGCAUCGCGCCCAAAGUUUUAAACCAUGAGCUGGGCGGUGGAGGAGUGGAAGGAUGGACUUCCAGGGAAGGCCCUGCAGAAAAUCCAGGAGAUGGAAGUCCAGCUGGACAAACUGAAGAAGGACAGGAACCAGAAACAGUUUCAGCUGGACUCUUUAGAGGCUGCCCUGCAAAAACAGAAACAAAAAGCGGAGAGUGAACGUAAUGAGACCUCUGCUUUGAAAAGAGAGAACCAGUCUUUAGUAGAGUCUUGUGAAGCUUUGGAGAAAGCUCGUCAGAAGGCCGUCCAUGACCUUGGAGUCAAAGAGCAACAGGUGAGCUACCUGGAAGGUCAGCUUAAUUCCUGCAGGAAGACAAUAGAGCGGCUGGAGCAGGAGCUCAAGAAGUACAAAAAUGAACUGGAUCGAUCACAGCCUGCUGGCUCUUCUUCCUUGUCAUCCUCCUCCUCUGAGCUUCAACCCUACAAUACUCCACAGAAAACUUUUGCUACCCCGGCUCAGGUCCCAGUCCACCGACAGCAGGAUAACAGGCUAGAUGAGCUUCAGGAGAAAUACAACCAGGAAGUGGAAGAAAGAAAAAGGCUGGAGACUGAACUCAAAGUCCUGCAGGUCAAAAUGUUGAAUCAGUCCUCAGUCAGUGUAAGUCACAAGGACAUUGCUGCCCGCCAAGCUGGGUCUUCAAUAUUCCCAUGGCAACAGCAGGAUCAGGCACACAGCCGUCAGUCUCAGGAUGCAAUUGAAACGCCUCUGAAGAGGCGCGGUGCAUCCCUGUGGGACGCCCAUGAGGAGACGCCUAUUAAAACCAGCCAGCGGAUGAGCUCAAACAGAGCAGUGCAAAGUCCCUGUGGAUCCUCCCAACAGAUGGAUCAGCUGAAGACCAUUAACCAAGAGCUGCGUGGCCGUGUGUCAGAGCUGGAGAGGAAUCUGUCCACUCAGGAGAAGGAAAUUCGUAGCCAGGCCUCCAAGCUGCAGGAACUACAAACCCAACUGAACCAGGCCCGGAAAGAGCUGACAGAACGGGACAGAGACCUAGCCAAGACCAGCCACGAGCUGAAUCAGGCCACAGACAAACACCAGCAGGUUGUGGCUAAGUGUUCAUCAGUUGAGCAGAAACUGAAACAAGUCUCAGAGGAGAUGAGCUGUCAGAGGCACAACGCUGAGAGCUGCAAACGAGCCCUGGAGCAGAAACUCAAGGACCAAGAGAGAGACAGUCAAAAGGAGCUAGCCCAGCUGCAAACUUCUCACAAGGCUUUGGAACAGCAGCUGGACCAGACCAGAACCAAACUUACUCAAGAGAUCCAGCAGUCCAAAAAAGACCACAACAUGCUGCAGGCUGACAUGGAGAAGAUGUGCUUCCAGAAGAGUCAGAUGGAGAAGGAGGUGGAGGAGCAGAAACAGAAACUGCUAAGGUCAGAGCAGAGCCUCCAGGCCACCCAGACCAAAGAGCAGGACCUCCGCAAGAAAAUGGAGGAGCUUCAGAGAGAGAAGAAUAGUGUGACUGUCCAGUUGGACCAGAGCAGCAGGCGUCUUAAUCAGCUGGAGGAAGAGAAGAAAAGCGCAGACCAGAGCCUCAAACGCACCCAGGGGUUACUAGAUGACCUCAAAGCAAAAUCCGAAGGACAGACGGAGGAGCUGAAGAGACUGCAGUCCAAACUGGAGCAGCAGACUCAGGCUUCGUCCCGGGAUCUGGAAAACUUAAAGAAGAUGCUUUCUGAUGCAGAGACCAAAAAUGACAGAUCUCAGAGUGAACUGCAGAAACAGAAGCAAGAGACAGAGAAGCUGACUAACAGGUUGACGGUGAUGGAGAAGGAGUGCCAAGAGCUGAAAUCCAGUCUCAGUGUGAGUCAGACUGAGAGUAAGGAACUGAGACAAGAACAUCAGGCUCUGCUGGAGUGGAAAAACGAAAAGGAGACCUUGAUUAAUGAAACUGAGGCCAUGCAGAAAGACUUCACUGACAAAAUUAUCAACUUGGAGAAAAGUCUUGCCUCCCUGAAUGAGGCUAAUGAUGAAGUUAAGAAGCAGCUCAUGAGUGUGGAAGGAGACAAGGCCAGUCUGUCUGCUCACAUAGAUGCCUUGAAGGGAGAACUCCUCAACAAGAGCACAGAGUUGGAGGAGAGGGAGCAUCAGUAUAAUGAGCUCCAGUCUAAAUUCUCCGAGGCCGGACAGAAGCACAUCAAAGACCUGGAGAAUGUGGCUGUGCAAGUGGCUCAGCUUGAACUACAGGUCAAAGCUCUGGAGUUGCGGUUGCAAAAGGAAAUAGCUCGAGCAGAGCAGGCUGAGAGGACCAACACAGAGCUGCAGGAGGAGCACCAGGCAGCCUGCGACCUGGUUCGCUCUAAAGACCAGCUGGUCGAAUUGGGCCAAGCAGAGAUCAGCCAGCUGAGGGAGAGCCUGGUUCAGGCUACAACUCAGCAAGAGGAGCAAACUGCCAGGUUGGCAGAGGAGAAGGCUGCUCUGCUGAAGCAGUGUGAGGAGAGGGUUUCAGCAAAGGCUGACGAAAAUGAGCAGCUCAAACUGCAGCUGGAGGAGACUCAGCAAGAGCUGCUGCUCACCAAAAACCAGGUCAGUUCCACGGAUCAGUUCCUGAAGAUGCAGGAGCAACUGGGAGCUGAGCUGCAGAGACAAAUUAAGACGCUGUCAGACAGUGAAGAAGAACUCAAAAAGAUGCAUGAGAGGAAAUCAGAAGAGUUCAAGGAAUUAGAGGAGGAGCUGAAGGAUCUGCAAAGUGACACAGAAGAGAAGGAGAAGCAACUUAGUGAGGCAGAAGUUCAGAUUUUGUCUUUGGAGAAACAAAACUCUGAGUUGGAAAUUACUGUUCAAGAGAUGAACAAAAGGGCUGAGGACCUCCAGCAGGCUCACAGUGAGAAGAUCAACCUACUUCUGGAGCAGAUAUCUUCCUUAGAAGAAGAGCUGGCUGCAAGCAAAUUUGUAGCAGAGAAGCUUCCAGUCUUGCAGAAUGAACUGGAUGUGGCCAACCAGUCCCUUGCUGACCGUAAAGAGCAUCUAGAUGCUCUUGAGAAGACUCUCUCCUCCACUAAUGAAAUCAAGUCCAACUUGGAGAACACCCUGACAGAGAAACUUGAUCUGAUCUUAAAUAUGGAGAAAGAACUCAAAGAGCUCACAGAGAAGAUGAGCAGAGAGUCAGAGAAUCAUGCUUUGGAGGUUGAAAGCUUCCUCAACAAAGAGAAGAUCCUCAAAGAGAAGCUUGAAGCCGCCAAGAAAUCAGCAACUGCUGCUAAAACGGAAUCCAGUUCUAAACGGGAAGCGAUCAGGACCAUGAAAACGACACUGACGGCUGCUUCACAAGGCUUAGAAGAGAGAGACAACACGAUAAAGAGUCUGAAAGAGAAGCUCAAUGAAGCAGAGGCAGAGCAGACCAAAACGUCAAAUCUUCUUAAGGAGAAGGUGGUUGCCAUGAACAAAAUCAAGGUGCAGCUUGAGAUGCUGCAAAUGGACCUGGAGGACAACGAGACAGCCAUGAACUCUUUUGACAGUCAGGUGGAGGAGCUGAAGGGAACCAUUGAGUCAUUGGAAGCUCAGCUGGCUCACAACCGAACACAGAUGUCUGACAUGGAGGCCAAGCUGGAGGACAGCAAAACCCAGGUCUCUGUCUUGGAGUCGCGGUUAGAGGAGGUUCAAUCUCAGAACUCUGUGCUGGAGACACAGUAUGUCACAGCUCAGGAGGAGCUGAUGGAGAGGAGCUGUGAAAUAACUCGUCUGGAAGAGGAGGCUGUUAAUCAAAAACAGCUGGAGGAGAAUAUUGCUACUUUAGAGUCUAAACUCAGCCAGACCACAGAAGAAAAUGUCAAGUUAGAGAAAACUCUCAAGCAGAUAAUCGUGGACAAAGACAAUGAUCUUAACCACUUGAAACAAGAGAAAAACAACCUCGAGUCUACGCUGAAGCAGUUAACAGAGGACAAAGAGCAACUGGAAAGUGAGAUGAUUCAAGUAAAUGCAGCGAAGAAACAGCUGGAAGCCAGUCUAGACGAGCUUUCUGAGGAGAUCAAGCGACUGCAGACCAACAUUCAGCUGUUAACUGAAGAAAAGCUGAACAUUGACCAAAUGGCACGAGAAAAACAGGAAGCUGAAUCAACCCUCAGACAGGUCAUCGAGGAGAAAGCCCAACUAGAUGUUAUUCUCAAUCUGUUAAACGAGGAAAAAGUCAAACUUGAGGCUCAACUAAGUGAGAUAACCUCCGAGAAAAAUGACUCUGUUGCUAUCUUGAAUCAGGUAGGUGAGGAAAAGCUUCAGCUGGAAGUUAACUGUAAUCAGCUGGCUGAAGAGAAUAUCAAACUACAGUCAAGUGUGAGCCAAGUCACUGAGGAGAAGCUGCAGUUACAAGAAAGCAUAGAGAGGCACAAAGCGGAGGUGGCUUCACUUCAUGAGCAGCUAGAAAUGAGGGACAAGAGGACCGAGGAGGAGGACAGAGAGAGGAGCCAACGGUUUGAGGCGGAGCAGGCAGAACUGCAUCAGAAGUUAGCGUCCUUACAGAGCGAGCUGACCGUGUUCAAGCAGCAGUACGACACACUGCUGGAGCAGGUGGGCCGACAACACGGCCUCAUACAGCAGCUCUCAGAAUCACAGGGAGCCCAGAAGCCAGGAGAAAAAAUCUGCUAUAUGGAGAGUGAGGAGACAGGGAUCGUUGCAGAAGCAGCAGGACAGACUGAUAUCGAGCCAACACUUGACACAAGCACCAAUACUAAGUCCCUUACAGUAAAUGAACAGCUGUGCCCCAUGGUGUGUGAACUGGGUGAACUUUCUCACCAGUCCGAAGAGGACUUCAGUGAGACGAAGCUGGUGUUAAAAGAGGACAUCAGUGAGCAAGAGACGAUCCAGGAUGACCUGGCAGAGGGGAGGGAGGAAACAUCGGGUAAUGAGGAGCAGCAGCACCACCAUCAACAGCAAGCCUUAGAUCAGCUUCCUGAGGACAGUGGCAGUCCCAGAGACGUUCCUGAAAAUAAAUCAGAAACCUCUGAGCUUUCUCUACCAUUAGCCUCCGUUGGUGAGACCAGACAGUCCGAAUCCUCUGUGACAGAGUUGUCCCAGGUACAAGAUGACCUCAACCACUUCACUGAAAUGAUCCAAAAACAAGAACUCCAGGCCCUGCGCUCAGAGUUUGACCUGCUGAGGGCCGACCUCGCACUCAGAAUGGAGUUGACCUCUGAACUCAAAGUCCAAGUUCAAGACUUAGAAAAGAAAGUUUGUGCAGCAGAGGAGCAGGCACAGGGUGCAGCACACAAGCUGAACGUUGCUUUGGAUGAAAAGAAAGUCAUUGCUGAUCAGCUGGCUCGGCUGUCAGAGGAGAGGGAGACAUUAACACUGCAGCUGCAAACGGCUAAAUUCCAGCUGUCGGAUGUUAUGGAGUUAAUGGAAGGACUGGAGAUGGCCAAAGGUGGAUGGGAUGAGAAAUUCCUUCAGCAGGAGAGUGAGCUGAAGAGAGUUCGCUCAGAGAAAGCCAACCUAGAGCAGCACAUCCUGGGCAUGGAGACCGAUCUGGAAACGUUGCAGGGCGAGAGGACCAAACUCACUGAUGAGCUGGAGACCCAGAGGAGGACUUGUUCAGGCAUGGAGCAGCAGAUAGAAACACUCAUCACAGAGACAACCCAGCUGAGGUCUGAACUUGUGUCCUGCACUGAGGAACGAGAUGACCUGAACCAGUCUUUGGGCCAAUGGAGGGAAAAAGUUCACAGUCUGGAGAAGACUAACUGUGACACCAGAAACCUAAUUACCAUCCUGGAGGAUGACAUCAGAGCAGGGAGGAAGGAGUAUGAAGCUCUGCAAAACAGCAUGGAAAAACUGAAGACAGAGAAGCAACAGCUGUUGGAGCAGAUUAAGGCACUGGAGCAGGCAAUAUCCCAACAGAGUGGAGAAAAAGAGGAGCUUAUGGGGCAGCUUGACAAGAUCAAAGAAGACCGAACCUCGGCCAGUCAGAGCACUGAGUCCAUGGUUGGCAAGAUACAGGCUUUAGAGGGAGAAGUGUGUCGUCUCUCGCAGUCUCUGGAGUCCUCUCUACUGGAAAAAGGAGAGAUUGCCUCUCGUCUGAACUCCACACAGGAUGAGGUCCGACAGAUGAGGACUGGUAUUGAAAAGCUCCAGGUCCGCAUUGAGUCGGACGAGAGGAAGAAAAAGAAGAUGGGAGAGCUGCUUAAAGCUGCCCAGAGGAAGUCUGACUCACUGCAAGAAUGCAUUGAUGCCCUGGAGCGUGAGAAGGAAGACACAGAGCAAAGUCUUGAGGAAGCUGUGCUGCAGGCUGAAACAGCCAAAGCUGAACUGGAGGAGGAAAGGGAAAAGGUGGAAGAGGAGAAGAGAGAGCUCGGCGAGAAACUAUCAGAGCUCUCAGCCACGCUGGACAGCCUGAAAUCUGAGAAAGAACGCAUGGAGAGAGAGCUGGAGACAAAAAACAGAGAGACAGAGGAACUGAGGGCUGCUAAGGAGGAGCUGGAGAGAGGGUUGGAGAAGGCUCAGCUGGAUAGAAAAGAGGAAGAUGAAAGACAGAAAUACAGAAUAGAACAGCUGGAGAAAGGACUGAGAGAGGAAGCAGAGAAGCAAACGAAACAGGUGGAUGACCUUCAGGCGCAGCUGGAAGCUUCUCGGCAGAGAGAGUUCUGCCUUGAACUAAAGAGUGCAGAAACAGAGGAGGAGAAAGAGAGGAUGCAGUCUCUGCUAGUGGAGAUGGAGAAACAAAAAACCUGUCUGCAGGCUUCUCUGGAGGAGUGGCAGACAGAAGGAGAGAGGCUCCGCUCUCAUGGAGAAGAGUGGGAGAAAGAGAGAAAUAAUCUGAGGAACAAUAUUGAGGCUUUGGAAGAAGAAAUGAAUUGUCUUAAAACACUCAUAAAAAUGAAAGAGACAGAGAGAGAAGUGUUGGAGAAGGAGGCUGAGCAGAGACAGGCCUCAGAAAAAGAAAUUUCGUCUGUUAUUGCGGAGAAAGAACAGAUUGAAGAAGAGAAUAGACGGCUGGCAGACGAUAAAGAGAAACUGCACUUGACCCUAGUUUCAGUUGAACAAGAGAGAGACAAUCUGCAUUGCACUCUUGCAUCAGUAGAACAAGAAAAAGGAAGACUAGAGCUGGAGAGGGGGGUGUUAGCUGAUGAGAAAGAGAAGCUUCAGUCGAGCCUUUUGUUGAUAGAAAAGGAGAAACAUGACAUGCAACAAUCUCUUUCUUCAUUAAAGGAAGAGAGGGAGUCAAUAAAGGAGAAGAAACAGGAGCUAGAGGCUGAAAAGCAGGAAUGGCAGUCAUCCCUUUCUGUGAUUGAAGCAGAGAAAAAUAACCUUUCUUCAGCUCUUUCUUCACUGGAACAAGAGAAACAAAGAGCAGAAGAAGAGAAAGAGAAACUCAGAGAAGAACAAGAGACUCUUCAGUCUACAGUUGCCUCUAUGGAGAGAGAGUUGAAGACAUGCAAGCUGUCUGCCACACAGCUCAAUGUGCAGGUGUCUGAGCUAACAUCUCAGGCUGCUCGUGUGUCUAAAGAGAGAGACUCUGCACUGAGUAAGAUGAGUCUUUGGAUGAAGACCUGCAAACAGCUGGAGCAGGAGAAGCGAGAGAUGUUAAACAGCUCAGGCAACGCAAAGAGCAGCGAGGAGGCGCAGUCUGAGCUGGACCGGCUGAAGAUGGAGGCAGAGACAAGAGAGAAGGAAGUGGAAGACCUGAAGACUGCCCUGCAGCAGAAGAUGGUGGAGGCAGAAGAAAAAACUAAGGCGGUGAACAAACUUGAGGCUGCUCUCGAGGGAAGGAAGAAGGAGUUAGAGGAGAGAAACGCAGAGCUGGAGGAGAUGAAGAGUGACUUAGAUGAACUGAACAAACUCAUGGAGGAGAAAAGCAGGGAAGCGGACGAGAGCAUGGAUAAAUACUGCAGCCUGAUGGUUAAAGUCCACAAACUGGAAGAGACCAAUGAUGCACUGACAACACAGCUGGAGCAGCUCACUGCUAGCCAACGUGCUAACGAAGCUAACAUCCACUCGAGCAGCACUGACAAUACUCGUCGCCGUCGCUCAGGAAGGAAGUCUUCCUCCAAACACCUGGAAGAAAAACUGGAUGACAACACUGAGAACAUGGCUCCUUCAACACCUCAGAGGUCUCCUCUGGGGUCAUCGUCAGCGAAACGGGGUCAUCGUGACAUCAGUGAUAAAGACAGUGCCCAGGAGGCCCUGCACAACCUGACAAAGAAGAUCAAGGCCAAUGCAGCGACAACACCCAAACCGAGAACUGAAGAGGACGACGAGGAGUUCAGACCAGAGGGACUUCCUGAGCUGGUGCAGAAAGGCUUUGCUGAUAUUCCUCUGGGCGAGGCCAGUCCGUUCAUCAUGAGGAGAACCACAGUGAAGCGCUGCAGUCCUCGACUGGCUGCCAAACAGACUGUUUCCACAUCUGCACCUGAUGGGAAGGUUUUGGGGCCCAUACCCUUCCAGAGUCCCUCUGUGGACAGCUCCAACAGGGAAUGCCGCUCCCCGAGUGGUGUGGAGAAACAACAAGUAGACAACUGUCAAGUCCAGUAGAUUAAUGUACACACACACACACACACACACACAGUUCUGUACUGGUGAUUAAUUUGUAGAAAUAUACACAUGCAAACUCAUAUACACAAAAUACUAACAUUACACUUUUUUUUUAAAUGACACAUUGAACUUUUUAAAUGACACAUUGAACUUUAAGUAAAUACAUUCACCCUUAAAGUUUUUAACACUUAAGAUGCACCUUUUUGUCUUUCUUUUUGGGGUGUGUGUGUUUGUCUGUGUCUGUGUCUUUCUUUGAGGACUGCAAAAGGCACAGCUACACUUUACCUGCCAUUCUCUUCAUGCUAAACUAGUUUAAAAGUUAGUCAUCAGCAAUAAAAUAAAUCACGACCCAGAUUAAGACAAUAGGGCAGAUUAAAGAGGAAAAAUCAUCAAAAAUCCCCAAAUGCUGAUUUUCAUCACAGCACUACUUUUCAUGAUGUUCCCUUUAUAAGUGUGUUUCAGAAUCAAUGAAACUACGAUUGUUUUGUGACGCCUCUGAAUGUAAACGUCAUGUCUUCACUCUCAAUCAGUUUGUCUUUGUCACUGACCCUCCCGUUGUACUUUUUUUUCGUACUGUUCUUGUUCUGCAUAUGUGUGUUAGAGAAACUGAACAUUGUAAAUAGCAGAUUAUAUAUAACAGCCUUGCGUCAUCCACCUUUCACUCCUGUAUUUCACCACCUAAUCGCUAAUGGCAGCUAACCAAGAUUUUAUAGAUUUUUCUUUUCGGUUUCAUUUAUUGUGGAUGUUUUUGUAGUUUAAGUCAAGAAAUAUUUCAUUGAAUUUUUUUCCUUUCUUAAUCUGUGCAGCAAAUGUUGAAAACACAUCUGCAUUUUAUAGAUUUGUUUUUUUAUUCAGCUAAAUUUUUUUGAUUGUUGUAAAUAUUUGAUGCCCUUUUUUAUACUAAACCUUUACUGCUUCA